GCCUCGGUGCAAGAGGGGAGGUAAGCGCGGCUGCUCCCGGAGCUCCAGCACUUGCUACUGGUGUUUUUACCUACGUCGGACUAAGAGAAAACUAACCGGGCAGUUUCUUUGGAUAAUUUUGGGAUGUUGCUAAUAUACCCCAAAGGCCGGUGUUUUCCAUGGGUUGUAUUAAAUCAGUAUUAGCUAACGGCAGCUAGGCACAAAGACGUGCAGUCAUCUACUAGCCGAUCUUGGCUAACUAACUAGCUUGAGGACAUCCUACUAUCAUACUCGGGUUAAUCUCUGCUGACUCCCUGCGUGUGCUGCGUUAGCUGUUUCGCUGUAGCGGUUUUAUCUCUAGCACAAGUCAAGUGGCUGUGUUUUUGCAGUCGCCACUCAUGAGUGCGACACUUGGAGCAGCGUUUCUGCGUAGCGGGCUUGUUUUAUGGUGCAUGUUUUCCAGCUAGCCGCGGCAAGCGCUCGGGUCUGAUUCGGGGAUGUGGUGGCGGUAGCAAAACAAGCUAACGACACUCCGUCAGUGCGAAGAAGUGAGCGCAAGAAGUGAGGAAACACUUAAUGCAAGUGUGUGUUCUCGGUUUUUGUUUAUGUUCAUCGUGAUCCCGGGCUGGAUGACGCUAACGCGGACCUGACAAUCGCUGAACGCGGCUGGACUGAAACUGGGAAUAUCGCUAACAGAUCGAAAAGGAUUAUUUUGUGUCUCUAAGUGGAUUUCGGCCUCUUGUUAAGGAUCGUCGUGGGAGCACAGUCAGUGUUUUGACCUCGCAAAAAUACCCUGUCUCCUAGAGCGACCUUUCCCCCCACUGCUUUGCCCUCCGAUGCGGAGAUUGCAGUAGUACCGGCAACCAGUUCCCCCCUCCCUCCGGCGGCCGGAGAUGCUGAAGUGUAUCCCCCUGUGGCGCUGCAACCGCCACGUCGAGUCGGUGGACAAGCGGCAUUGCAACUUGCAGACGGUUCCUGAUGAAAUAUUUCGAUACAGCCGCAGCUUGGAGGAGCUUCUCCUCGAUGCCAACCAACUCAAAGAGUUGCCAAAGCCUUUCUUCAGACUACUGAACCUCCGGAAGCUCGGCCUGAGUGACAAUGAGAUCCAGAGACUCCCUCCUGAGGUGGCCAACUUCAUGCAGCUGGUGGAACUGGACAUCUCCAGAAAUGACAUUUCUGAGAUCCCAGAGAGCAUUAAGUUUUGCAGGGCCUUGGAGAUCGCAGACUUCAGUGGAAACCCCCUUUCCAGAUUGCCGGAUGGUUUCACUCAACUCCGAGCACUGGCUCACCUGGCUCUCAACGACGUGUCAUUACAGACGUUGCCCAACGACAUCGGAAACCUAGCCAACCUGGUGACGUUGGAGCUUAGGGAGAACCUGUUGAAGUCUCUGCCCACGUCGCUCUCUUUCCUUGUGAAACUGGAACAGCUGGACCUGGGUAGCAAUGAACUGGAAGUUUUGCCGGAUACCCUUGGUGCUCUCCCCAAUCUAAGGGAGCUGUGGCUAGACCGUAACCAAUUGUCCUCAUUACCAUCAGAGCUGGGAAACCUUCGGAGAUUGGUGUGUCUGGAUGUAUCAGAGAAUCGUCUGGAGGAGCUCCCCUCAGAGCUGAGCGGCCUCCUGGCUCUCACAGACCUGCUGCUCACACAGAACCUGCUGGAGGUCGUCCCGGACAGCAUAGGGUCUCUCAAACAGCUGUCUAUCCUGAAGGUGGACCAGAACAGACUGACCCACCUGACUGAUUCAAUAGGCGAGUGUGAAAACCUCACAGAACUCGUUCUGACGGAGAACCUUUUACAGUCACUUCCUCGCUCGCUGGGCAAGCUGAAGAAGCUGACCAACUUGAAUGUAGACCGCAACCGGCUGGGCAGUGUGCCCAAAGAGCUGGGCGGCUGUGCCAGCCUCAACGUCCUCUCACUGAGGGACAAUCGCCUGGGCAAACUGCCUGCUGAGCUUGCAGAUGCCACCGAGCUGCACGUGCUGGAUGUGGCUGGAAACAGAUUACAAAACUUGCCUUUUGCCCUGACAAACCUCAACCUGAAGGCCAUGUGGCUCGCAGAGAACCAGUCUCAGCCGAUGCUCAAGUUCCAGACAGAGGAUGAUGAGCGAACAGGAGAGAAAGUGUUGACCUGCUAUUUACUACCCCAGCAGCCUUCCCCAAGUCUAGAGAACCUGCUCCAGAACAGUGUGGAUGACAGCUGGACAGACAGCAACCUGAACAGAGUGUCGGUCAUUCAGUUCCAGGAAGAGACCAAGGCUGAGGAGGAGGAUGAUGACGAGGCUGCCGCAGAGCGCAGAGGCCUUCAGCGCAGAGCCACACCGCACCCCAGUGAGCUGAAGGUGAUGAAGAAGGUGAUUGAGGAGAGGAGGAAUGAAGCGUACACAUCCAGACAGGAUGAAGAAGAUGAGUCCCUGGACCCGCAGGAAAAAAGGCUCAGUGACCUCUCCAAUCAGAGCCAUGACUCCCAGGUAUCUAACAGCACGCUGUCAGCCACCUCCCAUGAGGAUAGACAAAAUGUGACUGAAGCAUCUCAGACAGAGAACCGUGUGGAUGGCAGUUUCCCUCAGGAUGAGGAUGACCUUGAUGAGAUGGAGGUGGAGUACAUUGAGCCCACUGUGCACUUUGCAGAAGAACCCAUCAUCCGAGGUGGAGACGAGGACCACGAAGAGGACGGCGAAGAUGGCGAGAGGAGUGACGAGGAAGACGAGAGGCCCAUGGAGAAGCGUCUGAUAAGAAAGGACACGCCACACUACAAGAAGCACUUCAAAAUCACCAAGCUGCCCAAACCCGAGGCUGUGGCUGCGCUCCUGCAGGGCUUCAGUCCCGACGGCCUCAACUCUCCAACUCAGGCUGCUGAGGACGAGGAGGAUGAGGAGGAAGAGCAGAGCGCUGGCACUCCUCAGCACCACCACAGAAUAGAGGAGCUGGAGGACAGCCGGCAUCAGGUCAACUCCAGCCAAGUAAAGGGGGUGUCAUUUGAUCAAGUCAAUAAUCUGCUGAUUGAACCUGCUCGAAUUGAGGAGGAAGAGCACACCCUGACCAUUGUACGACAAACAGGCGGCCUGGGCAUCAGCAUUGCUGGUGGAAAAGGAUCCACGCCUUACAAAGGAGAUGAUGAGGGCAUCUUCAUCUCCAGAGUGUCUGAAGAGGGUCCUGCAGCCAGAGCCGGGGUUAAAGUGGGAGACAAACUGCUAGAGGUAAAUGGAGUGGACCUCCACGAAGCCGAGCAUCACACAGCAGUGGAAGCUCUCCGCAGCUCCGGCGCAACAGUCUCCAUGACGGUACUGCGGGAGCGCAUGGUGGAACCGGAGAACGCCAUCACCACCACACCGCUGAGACCCGAGGAUGACUACUUCCCACGUGAGAGGCGGAGCAGCGGCCUCACCUUCAACUUGGAGAACAGUCCCAGUGGGCCCAGGCAGCGGUUCUCCACCUGCCUCAUCCGCAAUGACAAGGGGCUGGGAUUCAGCAUUGCAGGGGGGAAAGGCUCCACGCCGUACCGCACAGGGGACACGGGAAUCUACAUCUCUCGAAUUGCAGAGGGUGGAGCGGCACACAGAGACAGCACGCUGCGUGUGGGCGACAGGGUGAUCUCUAUCAAUGGUGUAGACAUGACAGAGGCCAGGCAUGACCAGGCAGUAGCACUCCUUACUGGCACCUCCCCCACCAUCACCCUCCUUGUGGAGCGUGACUUGAAUGCACCAGGUGGCUCUCCAGGUCAGACCCGGGCACGAGCCCACUCCCCUCCACCCCCAGAACCAUCAGAUUCUCCAGACCAGGAGGAGGAAGGACUCUCCCUUCACGGGAACCAUCUGAACCGGAUGGAGGACGAGUACCCCAUCGAGGAAGUUACCCUGGUCAAGUCUGGAGGCCCUCUAGGCCUGAGUAUUGUAGGAGGCAGUGACCAUGCCAGCCACCCUUUCGGCAUCAAUGAACCUGGGGUGUUCAUCUCAAAGGUGAUUCCUCAUGGGUUGGCAAGUCAAUGUGGGCUGCGUGUUGGCGACCGAAUAUUAGAGGUGAACAGCAUCGACCUACGACAUGCCACACACCAGGAAGCUGUGCGGGCCCUGCUGGCCAACAAGCAGGAGAUCCGUAUGCUGGUGCGGAGGGACCCUUCACCGCCGGGAAUGCAGGAGAUCAUGAUCCAGAAGCAGCCUGGAGAGAAGCUCGGCAUCAGCAUUCGCGGAGGAGCCAAGGGUCAUGCUGGAAAUCCUUUCGACCCCACAGAUGAGGGCAUCUUUAUCUCAAAGGUGAGUUCCACCGGCGCAGCAGCUAGGGAUGGGCGACUACAGGUUGGCAUGCGAAUUCUUGAGGUGAACAACCACAGUCUGCUGGGGAUGACGCACACAGAGGCGGUGCGAGUGCUUCGUGCUGUUGGGGACUCUCUGGUGAUGCUGGUUUGUGAUGGAUUCGACCCUCGCAAAGUGGCUGCGGUGGAGGCAUCUCCAGGUGUCAUUGCCAAUCCAUUUGCAACCAGCAUUGUACGAAAGAACAGUAUGGAGAGCAUCUCUUCUAUAGACCGAGACCUGAGCCCAGAGGAGAUGGACAUAAUACAGAAGGAGUCUGAGAUGGUGAGAGAGACGUCACAGUGGGAGCGGGAAGAGAUGGAGAAAGUGGAGCGAAUGCGCUUGGAGCGUGAGGAGGCAACUCGCCUGCUAGAAGAGGAGACUGAGAACAUUGGCACUGGACCCCUAAAGCUUGACUACAAAACGCUGGCAGCACUGCCCACCACGAGUCUGCAGAAGGUCAACAGGGCGCCUUCCUCCGAUUUCACCAGGACGGACAGCCCAGUCAGGGAAGCCCCUUACUCUCCUACUAUCCAACCGCCCAGCCACCACUCCUCCAACAGCUCCCUGUGUGCAGGCAGGGAGACCCGCUUUGCAAGUAUUCAUUACACUUCCACUCCCACUGUCAAGGACAACACCUCAUCAUCAACGCGACCAGGUGCCAUCCAACCAGUGGGGCGUGUUCGGUCCACCACUUCGCCCGCCACACCAGACGGCCACAGCCCCAACCCCUUUCAGCAUGGCCCCUCCCCCUUCAACUCCCAGACCUCUCCUCGUGCCCCCUCCCCCUCCUCGCCCGACGAGUUUCCCAUGAAUGUCAAGCAGGCAUACAAGGCAUUUGCCGCCGUGCCUCGCUCACUGGCAGUGCUGGAGCCGCCGCAGGACCUCUAUGGAGUGAGGAACAACAUCCAUACAAAACAACCCACUCCAGAGCCUGAGUUGAACGACGAGGUGUUUGAUGACACAGAUGGUCAGGAGGGAGCUGGCGAGGGUCUGACCGGCAAGGUCUCCCCUCGGCAACCCCUCUUAUCAGACCGUCGUGAGUAUAUGAGCUUUGCAGCAGUGCCACGCCGCUCCAAGCCUUCCAAGGACCUGCAGAGCCCAUCUGUUGGUGGCAAGGACAGCCCGGAGCAGCGCUCUUUCAGGGACAGACAGAAGUACUUUGAGAUUGACGUGAAGCAGCAGACGCCAGACAAACCCAAACCUCGAGUCUCCCUGGUCGGGGAAGAUGACCUCAAGAAAAUGAGGGAAGAAGAAGAGAGGAGGUUUGAGCAGCGGGCGCGGGAAUAUCUGAUGGAUGAAGAGGAUGAGGAUGAGGAGGAGGAGGACCUGGCUAAGCAGGUGGCGCAGAUGAAGGCCACUGGAAAAGUAUUGCUGGAUGGAGUGGAGUACAAGGUGGAGCCCGUGUCCUCCCCAUCGCAGCACUGCUCCACACCGCCGAGCUACAGUUCAGGGCCUUCAUCAGUAGAUGGUAAAGGAGACUCUCAGAGGAAUUCAUUGGAGGACAGCUUCAGGCUGGAGCAGAGGCCCAACUCGAUGACUGGUCUGAUCCCAGCUUAUCACGGGGAGUCGGCAGCUCCCAUCCGCACAGCCAAAGCAGAACGCAGACACCAAGAGAGACUUCGUAUGCAGAGCCCUGAGCUGGCAGUGGCCCCGUCCCCCGACAAGGACCUGUCCCCUGCAGAGAAACGAGCCCUGGAAGCCGAGAAGAGAGCCAUGUGGAGGGCAGCACGAAUGAAGUCUCUGGAGCAGGAUGCACUGAAAGCUCAGAUGGUCAUCGCCAAGUCUCGGGACGGGAAGAAACGUGGGACACUAGACCAGCUGACGGAGUCACCCUCACCUGCCCCAACACCCUCUCCCACUCCUAUGGAGGAGCUCAGUCCCCGAGGAGUAACCUCACCAGGCAGACUGUCCGUGUCAACAAAGAAGUUUGACUACCGACAGUUUGCUGCCAUUCCUUCUUCCAAACCCGUAUACGACAUCCAGUCCCCGGACGCUGCUGACACGGACUUAAAGUUCAUCGACGACGGCUCCAGCAACCCAGGGCCCACCUCAAGCCCAGACGUCACCCCACUGCCUGCCACCUCCGCCCUGGAGGAGAUGGCUCUCUACAGCAACAAGCGCAAACUGAGGCAGGGCCGCCGUAGCCUGGAAACCGCCGUGCCCACAUAACACCUCACAGAAGGAAGAAAAACCGCAAAUAUUACACGCAAUUACAAACACUGUGGAGCCCUGGCAUCAGAGGGGUGUGUCCACAGGAGGUGCAGAUUCACGAAACACUACACAUAAUGUCAGUAGAGCGAGAUUUACUCUCCCGUAUAUAACCACUGCAAAGACUAUGACGCUGAUAGUCGCCACACAGACGCUUAGGUCCCGCGUGCCAGUCUUGCCUUUACAGUCUGAGGCCGAGUUGCUCAACGGUCCCUCAGCGGCAAGAAAGAGCUAGUGUUGUUAACUAGGGUUGCUACUUCCCUCCCCCCCAUUCAGCAUUCAGUUUGCCUAGUAGAAUCAGUUCUAUUUUAACUAGAGAUCAAAGCUUUUAGGUUUUUAUUGUUUGUUUGUUUUUUUUAAACAAAGCAUACUGGAAGACAAAUGGAGAAAAGAAAUGGGUCAUAGCUAUACUAACUAACUUCUUGAGACAUUUGUAGGCUUUUGGUGUUUUCUGAGACUUGGGCCGACAGGAGUGUAUAUAUUAAACGAGUAGGGAACAUCCUGCUACCUUCAUGGUCACAAAAUGUGGAGAGCUUUUUAAGAAAACAAGUACAUAUCUUUUUUCUUCUUUUUUUUGCACUGCCACUGACCCCGCUUUUUAAGAACUUAAUUUAUUCUUUCACCCCAUCCAGUCCUGGAGGCCAGCUGAUAAUUGACUCAUAAGUUAUCCUUAAUGAGUCACGAAAUCACUGCCCUCAGCUGAUCUGAUCAUUUGCAUAUCACUUUAUUUUAUCUAACACUUUUAAUUCACCGGGUGUGUUUGAGCCAACCAUAUUUGCAAAUUUGAUAGCCUGGUUGUUGCGUAUCUGUUUCACGGGGCCUUGGAGCCUCUAGCUCUGUCACAUUCCCCUGUAGAGAGUAUAACUGACUACACUGGAGGACGCAGCAUUGAGCAGGCUGUUUGGGAGCAUGCAUUUUAGCAUCAUGGUACUUAUCCUGCCCUGUUUAGGGAUUUUUGUUUUAAUCAAUGUGAAUUACCAGUUUCUAUCCUUGCAUUAUGAGGAGGUAUUCCACAGUGAUGUGAAGGUAGCAGGUGUUUUAUUAUUAUUUUUUAUUUUUUUUUCUGUCUAUGGUUAAUUUAAAUCUGACGCCACUGAAAAAUCAUUUAUUAUUGUGUGAAUAAUGUACAAAUACUGAAAGGAAAAGCAAAUUAGGGGUGUGAAACUGAGCCAGUCUUGACCUAGACUAAACACGUGGACUGCUGAUGCAUCUAGGUUCUGGCAGGCUUGGUGCUGGGAUGCUCUCUGCAUGUAUAUUGGUUUGCUAAUGGGAGAGCCCUGAGAGGCAGAACCAAUUAGGAAUCCCUCUCAAGACAUUGAUCUCAUUCAGACUUUUCAGCUUACAGCUCGACACACUGUCAGUUUAUGUAUCUGACGGGUAUUUCUGCCACAGCAUCGUAGCAUUUUGUGUUAAUUUAAUGGAGUGUCUUCUAAUUAAAGCUUUCCAUGUUGCUCUCACUGACUGAAAUUCAGUUUGAUAACAUUUGCAACAGCUAAUAUCUUUCUUUUUUUAUCUUUUAGUAGGUAAAUCUUUUUUUUUUUUUCCAGAUGGGUUUCACUACAUUUUCAAUGCAGUGUUUCGAGUUUCUGUGUUUAAUUCUUUUGUCUUGAGGUCUUUUUGGGGGCUUUUACUUGCAAAUAGGCUGGAGGGGAAAGGGUCAGAUGUCCUGGGGGUCGAGGGUUAUAGCUGAUACAAGACUGUAACUAGUGAAUUUGUACAACCAAAGAAGUCUAUUUUGUGGUU